UUUGAAGUUUGAGGUGGAUUGUUGGCUGCCAUCUUGGACCUCGGUCGUUUGAGAAGCCGGCCGCCCGCAAAAAUCCUUGAGUUUCACGCGUUCGCGCGGCCUCACGUAUUUCCUAAGCAGGUUGCGUGGUUUCACGACGAAUUUAGAGAUCUGCUGCGGUCAAACUAAUCAAGAUUCGGGUCCGGAAUGUAUUAGGUGUAUAUUUGUCCUCGCGCAUUUAUAACUGGGUGAGUGGAAGAGAUAAAUUAACUAGCUUUUGUAAUUUUUCAAUAGACAACAGUGAAAGAAUAACAAUCCACAAAAUAAAUAGUAGUAGUGAUAUAUCAGAAAAAAUGGCACUACCCAGUAGAGCGCGAGUCUACACAGAUGUGAAUUCACACAAAUCCAGAGAUUACUGGGACUAUGAAUCCUAUGUUGUCGACUGGGGACAACAAGAUGAUUAUCAACUAGUAAGAAAAUUAGGCAGAGGAAAAUAUAGUGAAGUAUUUGAAGCCAUAAAUAUUACAAAUAAUGAAAAAUGUGUUGUAAAAAUUUUAAAGCCUGUAAAAAAGAAGAAAAUAAAAAGGGAGAUUAAAAUCUUAGAAAACCUCAAAGGUGGGACCAACAUAAUUACACUCCAAGCUGUUGUCAAAGAUCCGGUAUCAAGGACACCGGCACUGAUAUUUGAACAUGUGAACAACACAGAUUUCAAGCAAUUAUACCAGACGCUAACAGACUACGACAUAAGAUACUACCUCUACGAAUUAUUAAAAGCAUUGGAUUAUUGCCAUAGUAUGGGAAUAAUGCAUAGGGACGUCAAACCGCACAAUGUUAUGAUAGAUCAUGAAAAUCGAAAGUUACGGUUAAUCGAUUGGGGUCUAGCAGAGUUUUACCAUCCAGGUCAAGAAUACAAUGUACGAGUAGCUUCGCGUUAUUUUAAAGGUCCAGAAUUACUUGUAGAUUAUCAGAUGUAUGAUUAUUCAUUAGAUAUGUGGUCCCUUGGAUGCAUGCUUGCAAGUAUGAUAUUCAGGAAAGAACCGUUUUUUCAUGGACACGAUAAUUAUGACCAACUAGUGAGAAUUGCAAAAGUUCUCGGGACUGAGGAAUUAUUUGAAUAUCUUGAAAAGUACCAUAUUGAAUUGGAUCCUCGUUUCAAUGAUAUUUUAGGUCGACAUUCACGUAAACGCUGGGAACGUUUUAUGCAUUCAGAGAAUCAACAUUUGGUAUCGCACGAAAGCCUUGAUUUCCUCGACAAACUUUUGCGUUAUGAUCAUUACGAAAGACUCACUGCACGCGAAGCUAUGGAACAUCCUUAUUUUUAUCCAAUAGUAAAAGAUCAAGGUCGAUUAAACAUGGUAUCAUCGUCACCUACUCCCAUAACAGGUUCGUUGCCUGUAGGUAUCGAUACUUCGCGCGAGGGGCUUAAUCCCAUCCCUAAGCGUGACUGUGAGCAGCGUACCGGUUCGUGGAAUAAACCGACUGAAAAAUGUGGCAGGACAAGUUGGAAAUGGGACUCAGAAAACGAUGAAGUAUUCAUCACAUCCGUUUCAUCCAUAACAUACGGUUUACGACUUUUGGUUAGUUACAAACUAAAACCUUUCAUUCCACCCAAACUUGCAAAAUUAAGAAGAAGAAAAAUAUUUUGUAUGAUGGCGGACCACUCUUUAUGUAAAUGGCAAUUAUAUUUUGACGUGGUGUAUAAAGUUCUACAUUUUAGACAUUCCUUGUUUUUUAUCCUGGGUAUUACUUAAAAGAAUUUACGUUUGUUGUGUCAGAAGCAAUCUAUUAUGUGCAAUUGAGACCUUAAAUGGCACAAAUGAGGAGCAAAUGAUACGUUUCAAAACUACUAUCGAUUCUACUAUAUUGCAAAUAAUUUAGGAACGGAAGAAAGUUUAGAAUAUUAAAACGAAUCUAUCAAAGUAUGUGCUCUGUCCAUAUUGGCCGGUGUGCAUGUGCCAUUAAUAAUAGUAUGUUGCUUUUCUCUAUUUUUUUAAUCUGACAUUUCUGUUGUUUUCCUUUGACGCUGCUGCUAAUGUCACGAUCACGGGAAAUUUGUAAAUGCAUAAAGAUGCGAUUAGAUCAUGUUAUGUCACUUCGAAGAUCGUCCGUCAUAAGACAUUAUAACAAAAAUGAUGCAAAACAAAAACUAUAUGUAUUUGCAUCCAACAAGCGCGUACACACACACACACACACGCACACACACACACACAGCACAUACGUGCUUACACUUAACAUGUACCUUAGGCCGCUCGAUUUAGUACUUUUAACGAUGAUAAAAAUGUUCGUUUAUAUCUGAUACAAUGAUAGUUGAAUAAAAUGUUUGUUAUAGCCAA